UGGCUAUUAAAAGAAGAUCCAGAGUCCCUGGAGUUAUGAUAACGCAGUUUGUGGAGGAAAUACCGGAGGGCAUGACCACCCCCGACUUCACCCGCAAGCCCAUCGCUUUGACGAUCCAAGAGGGUAGGGUCCCUUUUAUUGAAUAAACUGACGUGCACGAGCUUGAUUUCUGGGCAGGGGGGCACACUAACAUUAGGUGACUUUCAUUUAUAGUGCAUUAUACAUAUCUAUGCUUUCAGGUAAAUUAGCCUUUUUCAAAAGUAAGGUAAGCGGAGUGCCUACACCAAACAUCACUUGGGCCAGGAACAAAGGCCCGCUGGAGGAUCCAGUGAAGUAUAUCAGUAGAUAUGAUGAGAUUAUGGAUGAAUACUUUCUUGAGGUAAGUAGGAGCAGCAAGCUAAUGGCACACACAACCAAUUUCAACCCUUUAAAUUGUCAUUAUCUAAUAAUUGUUUCACUGGGAAAAACAAGUGAUAGUGCAAGUAUGCCAAUGCAGGAGAAAGCCAUGCUAUUACAUUUUUCUCUAAAAUCACUACGCCUAUGUCUGGUGUGGUAUCGAUCGAGUGUAGGGUUAAAUCUCACUGCAAUGUUGUCAUUUCAUCAGAUGCCCAAUGUAACAGCGGAACAAGCUGACACCUACAAAUGUUUUGCUGCCAAUGAAUAUGGAAGAGCAGUUUGCACUGCCACCUUGAAUGUUAUUGAGGGUGAGAAAUUAAUUGAUUUAGGUCAUUAGGAUGAUUAAUUGAAAUGGCAGUGUUCACUUGCUAAAACAAAUUUGCUAUUACCAGUACUCAUGAGAAAAAUAUAUUGUUUUCUAUUUUCAGUUGGAUUCAAGAAGAAAGCGACAACAGGUGUGAAGAUGAUUGUAUAUCGUAAUAUUACCCAAUUCCUUAGUUCAUGAAGAUUCAAGAACAAAUAUUUAUCCAGCUAGUUAUUUUAAUUCUUAAUCUCUUCUAGGACCAAAAAGAGCGGCACCAGAGGAUUUCAGAAAAAUGCUUAAGAGGAAGUAAAUGACUGUUCAAAUGCAAAUAUCCGAGACAAUUAUUUAAUGUCCCGUUUUGGGAACAUACAUGUCCAUUUUUGGAAACCAUUAAUUGAUUUCCAGAACAUUUUUGUUGACUAUACUUCAGACAGAUAUAUCAAGAAUAGUGUUGUGACAAAUAGAUAAGGUUGGCCAACCACUAGUUUCCCCAGAGUUUUAACUCUUCCCAUUCCCAUUAAAGUGUUGUACGAACUAAACCACAACUAAAGAAGAAGGAGGGAGAGAUUGAUCCAAAGUUCUGGGAGGUGUUGCUGAGCUCACCUAAGAAGGACUACGAGAAGGUCUGUAUGGAGUAUGGAAUCACUGACUUCCGCUGGAUGCUGAAGCAGCUGAACCUAAAGAAGAAAGAGAGAGAGGAGGAGCAGGCAAAGGUAUCAGCGAUGAUGCAAUAAGGCAAUCAGUGUACAGAUGACUAUACCUUGUGGGUAAUAAUUGACCCUCUCCAGCUUUAGCCUCUCCUGAUCUCCUCUCCUUCAAUUUGAUAGGUUGUUGAAAAACUUGAAAAUCUGAAACACAUUGAGGUGAAAACAGAUGGCUCAGCACAGUUUGAACUGGACAUGGAAUUGAAGAAUCCCAACAGUCAGAUUUUCCUAUUCAAGGUGGGUCCUCCCCCCCACCAUGGAAGACAGUGAUAAGCUAAUUGAUGAACAAACAUGUUAUGAAGUGCAUGAUGUGUUUGACUUUUCUGCCCAAAAGGACGGGGUCAUGCUUCCCUAUUCUGACGACGGCACCGGGAAGCACAACCUAAACAAAAUAGGCAGGAAGUACAUCUUUAGCAUCAACGACCUGAUGCCAGACGACGCUGGGUUGUACCAGGUGGACGUUGAGGAUGCCAAUUGUUUCUCAACUGACUUUAAGAGUAAGAAUGCGUCUUCUUUUACCUUUCUGUAUUACCUAUUUACCAACUGUAAUAAAGUAUAUAUAUAUUCUAAUUUGAUAAUUCUUGAGGAAUGUUUGAGAGAAAUGUUUCUCACCAAUAUCGUACUGUCUUUCCCUCUAUAGUUAUACCAGUGGAGUUUGUUGUCAAGAUUCAGGAGGUGAAGGCUAAGGAGAGAGAGGAUGCCGUGUUUGAGUGUGUCUUGUCCCAACCCUUCCCAAAGAUUGUGUGGAUUGGAAAGAACAUCCCUCUCGAACAAGGGGAAAAGUUUGACAUCAUUGUGUCAGAAGACCACCUCAUUCACAGCUUAAAGGUGAAAGAUUGUGCCCAAGUCGACAAGGGAGUCUACACUGCCAUGGCUGGCAUUGCCUCCUGCAACGCUUGGCUUAUUGUGGAAGGUGGGACAACUGUGAUACAAUAUUUUAUAAGCAAAAACUAACACAAACAUGAAGCCUUAUACUUGAACUUAAAUCCCUCUUUCCAUGUCCGUGUUAACUCAGCCGAUAAUGACCCAAACAUGCGUGGGAAAAAGACGGCCCGCAAAACCACCACGGCUGGUGGUGGAGGAGAGGAACUGGCUAAGAUCGCCGCAGAGCAAUCGGCUAAGCUGCAGAAGGAGAAGGAUGCUGCGGAUGCAGCCAGACGGGCCCAAGCAGAGAAGGAUGCUGCGGAUGCAGCCAGACGGGCCCAAGCAGAGAAGGAUGCUGCAGAUGCAGCCAGACGGGCCCAAGCAGAGAAGGACGCUGCGGAUGCAGCCAGACGGGCCCAAGCAGAGAAGGACGCUGCGAAUGCAGCAGGAGCCGGAGCCGGAGCCGGUGCCGGAGAGGGGGAUGGAGAUGGACAUGGGGGUAAAGGUAAAGGGUUCUACAACUUAUUCUAUCCCAGUGCAUUAGGCUACCUAAUGUUGGCAUGAUUACUUUUAUUGUUUAUCAUCAUGAUUUGCCUACAUUUAUGGACAUUGUGCUGGCGGUUAGUGUUUUGUUGCUCUUGUUGUGUUGCUGCUAUUGUAAAUGUUGUAAGCAGACUGACUUGAUGACGCUUGUCAACUUUUGAGUUGCUGCCAAAAUAUAUAAGGAGGUAAGAUUAAUGAUAUGUGCAUUGGUUAUUAUAAUCAACUUGGAAAAGGAGUCGAAAUACCAGACUGACCGAUUCUGCCUGAGGGAAUCGCAUCAAAAAGUAGGGAGCUUGUUGGAUUUUAAACCCUGACUUUAAUUUACAGUCAUUUUUAUAUGGUAGCUUAAUUAGUACUUGACAAAUGAGUUUACCUUGAAUUAAAUAUUUUUGUCAAUUCUUUGUUGUGGUACCGUUUAUUGAAGAUUGACUUUGGCCUUUUGAUUCAUAAGCAAAGCCUUUUUUUGGUGUGUAGACUUCAUCAGCAGGCUUCGUUAACAGACCAGCACUUGCAGUACUUCCUAGAUAGCACUAGAGAGAGACAUAUACCAGUUAGCUGAUAAGUACUGGUGGGUUGACACACUCUCAUCAUAUCCAGGCGCCACGUUCAGUUGCCAAACGUUGUUGAAACUUGCAGAUAGAAAUGCCAUAAAUAGAGCCUAUGUGAGUACUUAUUUCAAUUUUUUAUCCUGUAAAACUCCCCAGUUCUUAACAAUUACAAGCAUACCCAUAACAUGAUGCAGCCACCACUAUGCUUGAAAAUAUGGAGUGUGGUACUCAACAAUGUGUUGUAUUGGAUUUGCCCCAAACAUAACACUUUGUAUCCAGGACAAAAAGUGAAUUGCUUUGCCACAUUUUUUGCAGUAUUAAUUUAGUGCCUUGUUGCAAACAGGAUGCAUGUUUAGGAAUAUUUGUAUUCUCUACAGACUUCCUUCUUUUCACUCUGUCAAUUAGGUUAGUAUUGUGGAGUAGCUAUAAUGUUGUUGAUCCAUGCUCAGUUUUCCCCUAUCACAGCCACUAAACUCUGUAAAUGUUAUAAAGUAACUAUUGGCUUAAUGGUGAAAUCCUUGAGGGACCUUACACAUAAUUGUAUGUGCGGGGUACAAAGAUGAGGUAGUCAUUCAAAACUCAUGUUAAACACUAUUAUUGCACACAGUGAGUGCAUGCAACUUAUUAUGCACAGUUUUACUCCUGAACUUAUUUAGGAAAGGGGGGAUACCUAGUUAGUUGUACAACUGAAAGCAUCUUCCACAUAUAACCCAACCCCUCUGAAUCAGAGAGGUGUGGAGGGCUGCCUUAAUUGACAUCCACGGAACAGUGGAUUAACUGCCUUGCUCAGGGGCAGAACGACCGAUUUUUACCUUGUCAGCUCUGGGAUUUGAUCCAGAAACCUUUUGAUUACUGGCCCAACGCUCCUACCCGCUAGGCUACCUGCCGCCCAGGCUUGCCAUAACAAAGGGGUUUAUUACUUACUGACUCAAGACGUUUCAGCUUUAAUUUUUAAUUAAUUUGUAAAAAUUAAAUAAAACAUAAUUCCACUUUGACAUUAUGGAGUAUAAACAAUAAUGUCAAAGUGGAAUUAUGUUUUAGGCCAGUGACAAAACAUUUCAAUAUAAUCCAUUUUAAAUUCAGGCUGUAACAACAAAAUGUUGAAAAAGUCAAGGGGUGUGAAUACUUUCUGAAGGCACUGUAUUUAUACUAGCCUCUUUCACACACUUUUAUGAUACUAACAAAACACUCUCAAAAAGUAAACUUGGACUAUAGUUUAUUCCAAGUUCUAUAUUAUUCAGUGAAUUAAUGUGAACUAAAAUACAUUUUACAUUUACAUUUUAGUCAUUUAGCAGACGCUCUUAUCCAGAGCGACUUACAGGAGCAAUUAGGGUUAAGUGCCUUGCUCAAGGGCACAUUUACGUCAUUUAGCAGACGCUCUAGUCCAGAGCGACUCACAAAUUGAUGCAUUCACCCUAUAGCCAGUGGGAUAACCACUUUACAAAUUAUUAUUAUUAUAAUUUUUUUUUGGGGGGGGGGGGGGGGGGGGGGGGGGGGUAGAAGGAUUACUUUAUCCUAUCCCAGGUAUUCCUUAAAGAGGUGGGGUUUCAAAUGUCUCCGGAAGGUGGUGAGCGACUCCGCUGUGUGUGGGGGGGGGGGGGGGGGGGGGGGGGGUAGAAGGAUUACUUUAUCCUAUCCCAGGUAUUCCUUAAAGAGGUGGGGUUUCAAAUGUCUCCGGAAGGUGGUGAGCGACUCCGCUGUGUGUGUGGGGGGGGGGUAGAAGGAUUGCUUUAUCCUAUCCCAGGUAUUCCUUAAAGAGGUGGGGUUUCAAAUGUCUCCGGAAGGUGGUGAGUGACUCCGCUGUCCUGGCGUCGUGAGGGAGCUUGAUUGACAGUAAAGUAUUUUAGAACGAGUAAGACGUUAAGUACGCAAAAUUUCACAAUAAGUGGACCAUUUAAUUGAUUUUUUACUAAAAAAACUAUAUAUUUGGGGUACAUUUGAAACACUUAGGGAAAAGUGUACUGCUUUAGUUUUUAAGUAUACAAAAAAAGUGUAUUUUUACUAACUUCAUUUUGGUACCUUGAUUCUCUUGUAUCAAACAAUAUAUUAAGAGACUUCCUGCACUAUAAAUAAUAGGUAAGCUGGUAUGCUUUCAGUGUGUCCUUGCAUCCAUGUUUGUCUCAACCCACUUGGCAAAAACUGGUUGAAUCCACAUUGUUUCCACGUCAUUUCAACCCUCAAAAUAUCUAUGUGAUGACAUUGUAUCAAUGUGGAAAACUGAUUGAAUUUGCAAAAAGUAAUCAACGUAAGGGCAUUUUGUAUUUUUUUCAAUAAACGUUUAACCUAAAUCCAAUGACAUGAUGAAAUGUUUUGUUGAUUUCAUAUUUAAUUCACAUUAGUUGACAACUCAACCAAAUGUAAAUCAAAACUUGACGUUGAAGUGAAGUCUGUGCCCAUUGGGAGUUGUUUCUUUGCAUGUUUGUCAUUUGCAUUCUUCUUCUUCUGGCUAUAUCAGUUCAUGUCAUAUUCAUUUAUAAGACACAGUAAACAUAACUCAAUAACUUGUUUGUCUAUAUUAUUGAUGUCAAUGUGGUACAACCAAAACCGCCAGUUUGUGCACUGCCUAACCAAUCUACAUGUCUAGUUCACAUCAUUAUCUUUUCAAUGGUCAUAUUUAACCUUGCUUAUUUUGUUAAAUUUCUAGCUCUUCAGUACGGGCCAUUGUACUGCCAAUGUUUGUCUAUGGAGUUUGCAUGUCCGUGUGCUCGAUUUUAUAGACCUGUCAACAACGGGUGUGGCUGAAAUAGCCGAAUCCACUAAUUUGAAGGGGUGUCCACAUACGUCUGUGUGUAUAUAUAGUGUAUUUAUGAAAAUGUCAAUUCACAGAUGAGACAAUGAGGAAAGAUGUGAUGCAUUACCUGCCGAGAUUAUCCUGGACUACUGUAUGAUGUCAUUACCUAAUGUUACAUCCAGGUGUUCAAUUCCUUAGUGGACUGACUGAUACUAACGGCAGCCUCUGGGAAACAGCAGAACUGUCCUGCAAACUGAGCCAUGAGAACUGUGAGGGAGUCUGGCUUAAAGAUGGGAAACCAGUGAGUGCAGUAUUCUUCAAUCACACAAAUAUAGCGUUCUUCAACCUUGUUCCAGGAGACCCACAUGGUGUGCAGGCUUUUGCUCCAGACCAACACUAACACAUUUGAUUAAACUAAACAACAGCUUGAUGAUUUGUUUAUUGUCAUAGUUAAAUAACUGGAAAUAAUACCCAUUAGCAAUAUAUGCUAUGACAGUUGAUUGAAAAUCCAGAUGCUAUUUUCAGUCCCCUAAUGGAUUGAAUCCAUUCUCUAUUUCUGUCAUCAGCUAACUGACGAGGAUGGGGUGAAAAUCAUCAAAGAUGGAGCCUGUCACAAGCUGGUCAUCGACAGCUGUAAAAAAGACGAUGCAGGAGUCUAUUCAUUUGAGGUGGAUGGUCAUAAAUCGGAGGCAAAGCUCACUGUUUCAGGUAAGAAUGGACGGUUACAGUGGAUUACAUCCAAGAUUAGGACAUUAUUCUGUAAGGCUAUUGUUCCCUUGAUUAGAGCACUUUAAGAUACAAGGAAUAUCUAACAUUAUUAUACAUCAUUAUAUAAAUAUUUUUAUUCACCUGUUGUACACGUGAUAAUACUUUUUUGCCAACCCAAUAACAAUUCAUUAAAAAGGUAGGCCUAUGUAACAUUGAAGGAACAAGUUUUGUUAUUCUGUAAUUUAUAAGUCACAGUAAAUACAUAUUUAACUUGUCAACAUGUGAAAAUUAUAUUUUCCCAUCAUUAUCUUGUCAUUAGUUAUACUAAACCUUGUUUAUCUUGUUUCAUUGCAUAAGACCAUAUAUAUUUGCAUAUACCAAUUUACAGCUAAGAUUAUAAGGAAAGUAGUGAUGCAUUACCCAUUUGGAGAUUAUACUAAACUAUUUCUGUUGUCUUUACUUAUUUAUAGAUUCAGGUGCUCAAUUUGUUGGAUGUGGACUCUCUGAUGUUGAAGUUAAUCUCGACGAAACAGCAGAGCUAUCCUUGACACUAAGAAGUGCAAACAUUGAGGGAGUCUGGUAUAAAGACGGCAAACAAGUGAGUACAGUAUUUUUUCUAUACCACAGUACAGUGUGAUGGGAUAAACAACUAUUGAAGUCAUCAAAGUAAAAAGUACCCAUUAACAAAUAAUCUAUGACAAUUGAAAGACCAACAAGAUUACAUUUGCUGACCCCUAUUGUAUUUAAUCCAUUCUCUCUUUCUGUGAUCAGGUAACAACGACGGGCCGGAUGAGGAUCAUCAAAGAAGGAGCCUGUCACAAGCUGGUUAUUGAUUGCUGUCGAAAAGAUGAUGGGGCAGUCUAUCGCUUUGAGGUGGAUGGUCAAAAAUCAGAGGCAAAGCUCAUUGUUCAAGGUCAGUUACAGUAUGUGGAUUACACCCAGUGGUAUGACAUGCUUCUGUAAAACUAUCGUUUCCUUGAUUAAAGCACUUUAUGAUACAUGAAAAUGAUAUGAUGAUACAUGAAAAUGAUAUGAUUAUACAUGAAAAUUAUAUGAUGAUACAUAGUCAACUGUUAUACAUUUGUGUUCAUUCCCCAUUUUUCCCCAUUGCCAACCCGGUGACAAUUGUUGUUAUGGACAUCGAUCACAAUGCAUCCCCUAACUUGGUAUGUAACAUUGAAGUAAAAAGAUGUCCUGUAAUUUAUAACACAGUCAAUGUUUAUUUAAUAACUUGUUAAUCUAUAUUCAUUGUGACAAUGUGGUACAACAUGGAAAAUCCUUCUAAUCAAUCUAUAGUUCCAGUUAUAAUUUAGUCAUUGGUAAUUUUGUAAGGGAUUGCACACCCUGUCAGUCUAUGGACAAGGAAAGACGGCACUCCAUGCUUCGGUUUUGUUGACCUGGCCACUGUUUCGCAUUUUAGCAUUUAUGUAUUGGAAUGUUUUGCAUGUCAUGUCCAAAUCAGCUUCAGAUUGAUUGUUUAGCUCAAUAAAGUUACUUUGAUAUGAUUUGGACAUGGAACACAAAACAUGCUUAAUUGGAGAUACUGUAUUGACUUGCGUUGGUUUUUGGACAAAAAUGCAAAAACGUUUGGAGACAGUGACCAGGUAAACAAAACCAAAGCAUGGUUGCUGUCUUCCCUGGUCCACAGACGGCUUACAGGGUAAAAACCAACAUGUAAUUUUGUAAUUUUUGGGAGAACUAUCCCUUUAACGUUGUGUAUCUUGUUCAAUUGAGUAAGAACAUAAAUGUUUGCAAUUUACAGCAUAGAUUUGUGAUGCAUUACCUGGUUUGAGAUUAUACUAAACUAUUACGAUUUCUGUUGUCUUUACUUAAUUUUAGAUCCAGGUGCUCAGUUUGUUGGAUGCGGACUCUCUGAUAUCGAAGUUAAAUUUGACGAAACAGCAGAGCUGUCCUUGACACUAAGCAGUCCGAAUGUUGAUGGGGUCUGGUAUAAAGACGGGAAAGAGGUGAGCGCAGUAUUCUUCAAUCCCCAAAAUACAGUCUGUGUUCUUCAACCUUGGUCCAGGAGACCCACAGGGUGUGCAGGCUUUUGCUACAGCCCAAUACCAACACAUGUGAUUCAACUAAACAAUAUCUUGAUGAUGGAGAUAAAUAAUAUAAAGUGAAAAGUAACCAUUUGCAACGAUUAUAUGACAGCUACAUGACCAACUGGAUAAUAUUUUCUCCUAUUGGAUUGAAUGUGUUCUCUCUUUCUGUAAUCAGGUACUUCCUGAUGACAGGGUGAAAAUCAUCAAAGAAGGAGCCUGUCACAAGCUGGUCAUUGAUAACUGUAAAAAAGACGAUGCAGGAGUCUAUUGCUUUGAGGUGGAUGGUCAUAAAUCAGAGGGAUCACUCACUGUGCAGGGUAAGAAUGGACAGUUAAAUUAUGUGGAUUACAUCCAGGAUUAGGAAAUGCUUCUCUAAGGCUGAAGUUCCCGUGAUUAGAGCACUUUAAGAUACAUGAAAGUUGGCCUAUUAAAGAAGGAUACAUCAUACAUGAUUCACCUGUUGUACAUCUCUGUUCAACCCACUUUAUUUUCUCUCCUGCCAACUCUGCCAAUUGCUGUUAUGAACAUGGAUAACAAUUCAUCACCUCACUUGGUAUGUAACAUUAAGUUGUUGCUGUUCUCUGUCAUUUAUAAGACACAGUAAUUAUAUAUUUAAUAACUUGCUGAUCUAUAUUCAUUAUGAGAAAUGACAAUGUGGUAUAACAUGUGAAACCACCAUUCUGUGAACUUCCUAAACAAUCUAUGGUCCCCAUUAUUGUCUUGUCAGUAGUCAUAUGUAACCUUGUGUAUUUUUGUUUAAUUGCUAUGGCGUAUGGCUUGUGCAUACAGAUGUAGGAUCUUAAUUUGGUCACUUUUGUUGCUGAGAAUAGCGAAUUUGUAUUGCAUUCGGAGGUUUAAAAAGGCUUCUAAAGUUUGUAAUUUCCACUUUAAAAUGUCACACUAGAAAAAAAUGUAUCAAACCCUACAAAACAAUUCCAUUAAUUGUAAUCCACAGACUUAGUGACAUUUCCUGUUGCUGCAGGAAUAUUUUCCUGCUGUAGCAAACUGGCUCAAAUUAAGAUCCUACAUCUGUAUGACAAUUUACGGCUAAGAUUAUAAGCAAUGUUGUAAUGCAUUACCAACUUUGAGAUUAUACUAAACUAUGAUGGUUUCUGUUUUAUUUUAAAACUUAUUUUUAGAUCCAGGUGCUCAAUUCAGUAUUGGUCUGUCUGAUGUCGACGUUAAGCUUGACACAAAAGCAGAGCUGCUCUGCGAAGUGAACUGUCCGAACAUUGAGGGGGUCUGGUAUAAAGAAGGAAAACAGGUCAGUACAGUAUUCUUCAAUCAAACAAAUACAGUGUUCUUCAUCCUUGGUCCAGGCUUUUGCCCCACACCAGGAUUGAAGAACUAUGGAUUAAAGAGGGACUGUAGUGGCUGAUUUUGCAUCAGUUUUCCUCCUCCUCAUUAACAAAUGCUUAAAAGACUAGAUUUGUGUCUUGGAGGUGUAGUUUGAUGUGGGUGUUUCUUGCAUGUGUCGGGGGGUGAGUUUGUAAAUUCACUCUGGCAAUCUACUCCAAUAUUAACACUGGUUUGAGAGUCCAAAACGGCCUACCCUACACCCGGUUGUUAUGACAGGUUUCAGUAAACAUUGGCAAAAAAGCUAAAUUAAAUUGCUGUGUUCUCUCAGUUAUGUGUGGAAGCAAGCUAGCUAACUUUAGCCAAUUAGCUUUGGUGCUUGAAUGAUGUUGUGAGAUCCGAACACUACCCUUCAGCAGGAGUGUCCGGUGUGCGCUCCUAGAGAGAAUUAACGAACAAACACCGUCUUAGUGGGCAUUACAUAAAAUCAAAACCCAAGCUUCAAAUAUAACAAGUAAAGCAGAUUAUGCAGGUACUCACAAUCUCAGACUUUAAGAAAAUACUGACUUAUCAGUUUUAAGGUUGUUAGUGGAUUUCGGGACUAUAAAUGAUGUAUAUGACUACUACCGAUGCCACACGUUUUCAACCGGAAAAUUAGUUUUUUCGUGACAGUUUCUCUUUAAGCGUACAUUGCCUUCGUAAAGUAUUCAGAACCCUUGACUUUUUCCACAUUUUGUUACGUUACAGCCUUAUUCUAAAAUUGAUUAAAUGAUUUUUUUUCCCCUCAUCAAUCUAAUUUAAAUGUUUUGCUAAUUUAUUAAAAAUAAAAAAAACUGAUAUCACAUUUACAUAAGUAUUCAGACCCUUUACUCUGUACUUUGUUAAAGCACCUUUGGCAGCGAUUACAGCCUCAAAUCUUCUUGGGUAUGAUGAUACAAGCUUGGUACACCUGUAUUUGGGGUGUUUCUCCCAUUUCUCUCUCCUCUCAAGCUCUGUCAGGUUGAAUGGGGAGUGUUGCUGCACAGCUAUUUUCAGGUCUCUCCAGAGAUGUUCAAGUCCAUGCUCUGGCUGGGGCACUCAAGGACAUUCAGAGACUUGUCCCGAAGCCACUCCUGUGUUGUCUUGGCUGUGUGCUUAGGGUCGUUGUCCUGUUGGAAGGUGAACCUUCGGCCCAGUCUGAGGUCCUGAGUGCUCCGGAGCAGGUUUUCAUCAAGGAUCUCUCUGUACUUUGCUCCGUUCAUCUUUGCCACAAUCCUGACUAGUCUCCCAGUCCCUGCCGCUGAAAAACAUCCACACAGCAUGAUGCUGCCACCACCAUGCUUCACCAUAGGGAUGGUGCCAGGUUUCCUCCAGACGUGACGCUUGGCAUUGCGGCCAAAUAUUUCAAUCUUGGUUUCAUCAGGCCAGAGAAUCUUGUUUCUCAUGGUCUAAGAGUUUUUAGGUGCCUUUUGGCAAACUCCAAGCUGGCUGUCAUGUGCCUUUUACUGAGGAGUGGCUUCCGUCUGGCCACUCUACCAUAAAGGUCUGAUUGGUAGAGUGCUGCAGAGAUGGUUGUCCUUCUGGAAGGUUCUCCCAUCUGCACAGAGGAAGUCUAUACCUCUGUCAGAGUGACCAUCGGGUUCUUGGUCACCUCCUUGACCAAGGCCCUUCACCCCCGAUUGCUCAGUUUAGUAGGGCGGCCAGCUCUAGGAAGAGUCUUGGUGGUUCCAAACUUCUUCAAUUUAAGAAUGAUGGAGGCCACUGUGUUCUUGGGGACUUUCAAUGCUGCAGAAUUGUUUUGUACCAUUCCCCAGAACUUUGCCUUGACACAAUUCUGUCUCUGAGCUCUACGGACAAUUCCUUCGACCUCAUGGCUUGGUUUUUGCUCUGACAUGCACUGUCAACUGUGGGACAUUAUAUAGGCUGGUGUGUGCCUUUCCAAAUCAUGUCCAAUCAAUUGAAUUUACCACAGGUGGACUCCAAUCAAGUUGUAGAAAGAUCUCAAGGAUGAUCAAUGGAAACAGCAUGCACCUGAGCUCAAUUUCGAGACUCAUAGCAAAGGGUCUGAAUGCUUAUGUAAAUAAGGUAUUUGUUUUUUAUAUUUUAUAAAGUUGCAACAAUUUCUAAAAACAGGUUUAUGCUUUGUCAUUAUGGGGUAUUGUGUGUAGAUUGCUGGGUUUUUUAUUUAUUUAAUCAAUUUUUUAAUAAGGCUGUAACGUAACAAAAUAUGGAAAAAGUAAAGGGUUCUGAAUACUUUCCGAAGUCACUGUAUAUUUAUUUAUUUAUUUAUUUAUUUCACCUUUAUUUAACCAGGUAAACCAGCUGAGAACAAGUUCUCAUUUACAACUGCGACCUGGACAAGAUAAAGCAAAGCAGUGCGAUAAAAACAACAACACAGAGUUUCAUAUGGGGUAAAACAAAACAAAGUCAAAAAUACAACAGAAAUACAUAUAAUAUACAGUGUGCAAAUUUAGCAAGUUAUGGAGGUAAGGCAAUAAAAUAGGCUAUAGUGCAAAAACAUAUAGACAAUGCUUUUUGCCAGAUGGCGGGGUGAUCAACAUUCAAUGAGUUUAAGUGAAAUCAUGAUAGGAUAAACACAACUACACUGAACAAAUAUAGAAACACAACAUGUAAAGUGUUGGUUCCAUGUUUCAUGAGAUGAAAUAAAAGAUCACAGGAAUGUUCCAUGUGUACAAAGAGCUUAUUUCCCAAAUGUUGUGCACACAAAUUUGUUUACAUCCCUGUUAGUGAGCAUUUCUCCUUUGCCAAUAUAAUCCAUCCACCUGACAGGUGUAGAAUAUCAAGAAGCAGAUUAAACAGCAUGAUCAUUACACAGGUGCACCUUGUGCUGGGGAAAAUAAAAGGCCACUCUAAAAUGUGUCGUUUUGUCACACAACACAAUGCCACAGAUGUCUCAAGUUUUGAGGGAGCGUGCAAUUGGCAUUCUGACUGCAGGAAUGUCCACCAGAGCCAUUGCCAGAGAAUUGAAUGUUAAUUUUUCUACCAUAAGCCGCCUCCAAUGUCAUUUUAGAGAAUUUGGUUUACGUCCAACCGGCCUCACAAUCGCAGACCACAUUUAACCACGCCAGCCCAGGACCUCCACAUCCGGCUUCUUCAACUGCGGGAUCAUCUGAGACCGGCCACCCGGUCAACAGGUUUGCACAACCGAAGAAUUCCUGCACAAACUGUCAGAAAUCGUCUCAGGGAAGCUCAUCUGCGUGCUCGUCAUCCUCACCAGGGUCUUGCGCUGACUGCAGUUUGGCGUCGUACCCAUCUUCAGUGGGCAAAUGCUAACCUUCGAUGGCCACUGUCAUGCUGGAGAAGUGUGCUCUUCACUGAUGAAUCUCGGUUUCAAAUGUACCGGGCAGAUGACAGUUUGCUGAUGUCAACAUUUUGAACAGAGUGCCCCAUGGUGGCAGUGGGGUUAUUGUAUGGGCAGGCAUAAGCUACAGACAACGGAUACAAUUGCAUUUUAUCAGUGGCAAUUUGAAUGCACAGAGAUACCAUGACGAGAUCCUGAGGCCCAUUGUUGUGCCAUUCAUCCGUCGCCAUCAGCUCAUGUUUCAGCAUGAUAAUGCACGGCCCCAUGUCGCAAGGAUCUGUACACAAUUCCUGGAAACUGAAAGUGUCCCAGUUCUUCCAUGGCCUGCAUACUCACCAGACAUGUCACCCAUUGAGAAUGUUUGGGAUGCUCUGGAUCGACGUGUAUGACAGAAUGUUUCAGUUCCCGACAAUAUCCAGCAAUUUAGCACAGCCAUUGAAGAGGAGUGAGACAACAUUCAUUUACAUUUACGUCAUUUAGCAGAUGCUCUUAUCCAGAGCGACUUACAAAUUGGUGCAUUCAUCCUAUAGCCAGUUGGUUAACCACUUUUUUAUAUUUUUUAUAUUUUUUAUAUUUUUUUAUUAAAAAAAAUUUAAGGGGGGGGGGGGGGGGGGGGGGUCCUUCCCCGGGAGGAAGAGCAGCUCCGUCUUGCCAAGGUUCAGCUUGAGGUGGUGAUCCGUCAUCCAUACUGAUAUGUCUGCCAGACAUGCAGAGAUGCGAUUCGCCACCUGGUUAUCAGAAGGGGGAAAGGAGAAGAUUAGUUGUGUAUCGUCAGCGUAGCAAUGAUAGGAGAGGCCAUGUGAGGAUAUGACAGAGCCAAGUGACUUGGUGUAUAGAGAGAAUAGGAGAGGGCCUAGAACUGAGCCCUGGGGGACACCAGUGGUGAGAGCACGUGGUGCGGAGACAGCUUCUCGCCACGCCACUUGGUAGGAGCGACCGGUCAGGUAGGACGCAAUCCAGGAGUGAGCCGCGCCGGAGAUGCCCAGCUCGGAGAGGGUGGAGAGGAGGAUCUGAUGGUUCACAGUAUCAAAGGUAGCAGACAGGUCUAGAAGGACAAGAGCAGAGGAGAGAGAGUUAGCUUUAGCAGUGCGGAGAGCCUCCGUGACACAGAGAAGAGCAGUCUCAGUUGAAUGACCAGUCCUGAAACCUGACUGGUUUGGAUCAAGAAGGUUAUUCUGAGAGAGAUAGCAAGAGUUGGCUAAAGACGGCACGCUCAAAAGUUUUGGAAAGAAAAGAAAGAAGGGAUACUGGUCUGUAGUUGUUGACAUCAGUGGGAUCGAGUGUUGUUUUUUUGAGAAGGGGUGCAACUCUCGCUCUCUUGAAGACGGAAGGGACAUAGCCAGCGGUCAAGGAUGAUUUGAUCAGCGAGGUGAGGUAGGGGAGAAGGUCACCGGAGAUGGUCUGGAGAAGAGAGGAGGGGAUGGGGUCAAGCGGGCAGGUUGUUGGGCGGCCUGCAGUCACAAGUCGCAAGAUUUUAUCUGGAGAGAGAGGGGAGAAAGAAGUCAAAGCAUAGGGUAGGGCAGUGUGAGCAGGACCAGCAGUGUCAAUAGACUUAACAAACGAGGAUCGGAUGUCGUCAACCUUCACCUUUAUUUAUUUCAGUUGACAGAUUUUCGUUAUAUGAACUGUAACUCAUUAAAAUCUUUGAAAUUGUUGCGUUUUAUAUUUUUCUUCAGUGUAAUUCAGUCAUGGAAGUGAAAAGUAACCAUUACGAAAGAUUGUAUGACAGAUGAAUGACAAACAAGAUUCUCUUUUCAGUCUGCUAUUUCAAUCUCUCUUUCUGUGAUCAGAUAACUCCUGAUGACAGUGUGAAAAUCAUCACAGAUGGAGCCUGUCACAAGCUGGUCAUUGAUUGCUGUCGAAAAGAUCACGCAGGAGUCUAUCGCUUUGAGGUGGAUGGUCGUAUAUCAGAGGCUACGCUCACUGUUCAGCGUAAGUGACAUAGACUGUUAUAUCAACCUGUCUGUUUCCAAUAGGUGGAAAAUGACACUGCCUUGUCAUGACCUCUUAUGACAUUUGUUAUGUCUGUUUUAUGACGCUGUUAUGUUUCUGUCCGAUAAAAUGUUAAAACUGUCAUAGACAAAUAUGUUUAUUCACCUGUUAUACAUCUGUGUUCAUUCUACUUUAUCCCCCCCCCACCCCCACGCCAACCCUGUGACAAUUGCUGUUAUGGAUAACAAUUCAUCACCUAACUUGGUAUGUAACAUAUGAAGUAAAAUAUUGUUGUUCUGUCAUUUAUAAGACACAGUAAAUAUAUAUUCUAUAACUUUCUCAUCCAUAGUCAUUAUGAUAAUGUUGUACAACAUUUAAAAAACAUCCGUUUGUGCACUGUCUAACUGUAAAAGGAAUUUCCAGGUGAACAACAGAGAAGAGCAGAUAUAGCCCAUCAUAAAUCCAUCUGGUCUAAUAGAAGUUACAACAGGGAGACACCUCCAGCACAGAAGCAGAGAAAGUGUCUAACUAGCCUUCUCUGAGAAGGCCCUUACAUCCUAAAUCAGCAGACAGUUGUUCUGUAAACACCAGCCCGAGAUGCUUGUUAGGAAGUCCAAACUAAAGGCAGUGAAUAUAUAUACACACACAGUAUUUGUGCGUCACAAUUUUGGCUGUCUUUACUUAUUUAUAGAUCCAGCUGUUCAAUUCAUUUUGGGAGUGGCUGAUGUCCAAGUUAAAAUCUGUGAACCAGCAGAGCUGUCCUGCAAACUGAGCAGUCCAAACUGUGAGGGGGUAUGGUAUAAAGACGGAUUUCAGGUGAGUGCAGUAUUCUUCAAUCCAGGAGACCCACGGGCUGUGAAGGCUUUUGCUCCAGCCCGAUGAUACUUGAUUCAGAACAAUAGCUUGAUGAUUAGUUAAUUAAUUGAAUCAGGUGUAUUAAUGUUGGACUAGGAAAUCCUCCACCUCAUGAUGGGAUCAAUAAAACCUUUUACAGUCAUCAAAGUGAAAAAGUACCCAUUAGCAAAUAUUCUGUUAUAGCUGAUUGAGAAACAAGAUUCUAUUUUCCCCUAUUAGAUUGAAUCUAUUCUCUUUCUGUAAUCAGGUACUUCCUGAUGACAGGGUGAAAAUCAUCAAAGAAGGAGCCUGUCACAAGCUGGUCAUUGAUAACUGUAAAAAAGACGAUGCAGGAGUCUAUUGCUUUGAGGUGGAUGGUCGUAUAUCAGAGGGUUCACUCAUUGUGCAGAGUAAGAAUGGACAGUUACAUUAUGUGGAUUACAUCCAGGGUUAUGAAAAGCUUCAGUAAGGCUGUUGUUCCUUUGAUUAGAGCACUUUAUUUUCUUUCAUAUUUAAGACCCACCAACAUUCAACGUGGAUUCCCUGAGAGAAUUCUCUAAGCCGGUCAUUGUGAGAGCAGGUGAAACGGCUGAGUGGAAAUUGGCCUUUUCGGGUGGUGACCCAAUGAAGAUCACAUGGAUCAAGGAGGAUGAGGAACUCCUGGAAGGCCUCAAUGUCAAGAUAGAACAGACUGACAUAAAAGCUGGCUUGUGUCUUACCGAUUGUCAAAGGAAGAACUGUGGAGAGGUCAAAAUAAAAAUAAAAAAUGACUAUGGUACAUUGGAAGCCACAUCCAGACUGAUUGUUCUUGGUGAGUUAGGAAGCAGGAUAUGAAAUUAGAUUCCUGGCAAGUCUCUGGCAAGUCCGAUGCGGAAAGAUGUAACAAAAUGCCUCAAAGAUAAUGAUCACAUACUUUUUGUUGAAGUGUUUUGUGGAAUAUCACUAACAUCUCAUUCUGUUGUUAGGCCACGUUUUCAUUUUCAUAGUUUCUCCCAACAGACAAACCCAGUCCGCCACAAAGACCUGUGGAAAUUGUGGAAAGUUCUCUAACCGCCAUUGAAUUCAAAUGGAAACCCCCAAAGGAUGAUGGUGGCUGUCCAGUCACACGCUACAUUUUGGAGCGCCAGCAAGUGGGGGGAAGCAAAACAUGGACAAAUGUAGGGGAGCUUCCAAAUGACCCCCUUAAAUACAGGGAUACGGAUGUAAAGCCAGGGAAAAGAUACUGUUACCACAUCAGAGCCAAGAAUGAGGAGGGAGUCAGUGAUAUGUUGGAGACAGAGGACAUCCAGGCUGGCAUAUUGUGUAAGUAUUGUUAACAAUCCAUAUAUUUUUUAGGACAGAUCUCUCAAUCAUUUAAGUUAUCAAGAGAGACAGGGAUGCCCUUGGUCUACAGUAGUUAUUUAUUUUCUUUAGCCACAGAACCCUUAGCAUCAAUAAUUACAACUCAUGGCUCAAUCCAGGGCACAGAGAUUGGUGGAGAUCAAAAUGUGAUAUCAUUGUAUGCAGGUUACAUUUUACUUUAUUUAUCUGAACCAGAACAUUUUCUGUCAAUUAUUUUACUAUUGUUGGACACAUAUAAUGCUGUAUCAGGAUUCAAAGUGAAUUGUGAAUCAUGCUUUCUCAAGCUUAGAAGGUAAAUUUAAGUGGAAAUGGACAAAGACACAUAUGAAAUACCUGUGUGUACUGAUGCCAUGCAAUCUGAAGGAGGCCUAUAAACUCAAUUACUCUCCUUUAAUAGAUAUGAUUUGAAUCUGAUGUUCACAGAUGGAGAUCUCUCCCUAUAUCUGUGUUAGGUAGGGUCAACAUAAUCAAAAUGAAUAUAUUACCAACUUUGAUGUAUUUAUUCCAGGCCCUACCAGUUUCAAUUCCAUCCAACUAAAAUAAAUGGCCUGCUUUCCAACUUUAUUUGGAAUGGAAAGACCUCACUGUUUUCCACUUCCCCUAUAAAGCUGGAGGUCUGGGACUACCUCAUAUGAAGACGUAUUACUGGGCUGCACAACUGUGUUCACUUAAACAAAUGGACAGCAGACUAUCCUUGUGCAUGGAGGAGUAUCAAAGCCAUAAAUAUUAUACCUUAUCAUCUAAAAUAUAUUUACUACUUCGGGUCCAAGGCAUUUAAGAAAAAACAGACAAUCCAAUGAUUCUCAAUUCCAUUCGUGUUUGGGAAAAUGUACAUAAAUUCAUAAAAUAGGGAAAAAAACUAUAUCACCAGGCACCCCUAUUUGGAAUAACCUCACCUUACCUCCAGUGUUUAAUGACAACACAUUUAAGUCCUGGUUCCAAAGUGGCAUAAUUAAUUUUGAACAUGUGUACUAUGACGGAUCUCUACUGUCAUUCAAUCUAUUACAAGAAAGAUUUGGAUUAUCCAAGGCCGAUUAUCCAAAGUUCUUACAACUCAGAAAUCAUAUUCAAUCGCUUCAACAGAAUCUGGAUGAACUUAAGGAAUCUAGCAUAGACAAAAAUACUGAAAGAAGCUGCUACGACAAAGAAGUUGAUUGCCAAGUUAUAUCAAGGUUUGAUUGAAACCCUACCUGAUGGUUCAGAACCUAAAAGGAACAAAUGUGAAUCAGAUCUUUAGGAAGAAAUUGAGGAGAACCAUUGGUCACAGAUAUUUGAAAAUGUUCAUACCUGCUCCUACAACCUAAGACAUAAACUACUGCAAUUAAAGAUAAUCAUAGGACUUACUACACUCCUGCCAGAAUGCAUGUAUUGUACCCAGAAAUGUCACAUCUCUGUUGGAGAUGCAAAACGCACAAAGAAACCCUAUUACAUAUGCUGUGGUCCUGUGAUAAACUGACACCAUUUUGGGAUACUGCAUGUGCUAUCAUUUCAUUAUGUCUAGGAAUUUAUAUCCAUCCAUCUGCGAUUAUGUCUGUUGGGAAAUGUAAAUAUUGGUGAUCAAUAUCAGAGAAAGUUGUGUAAUCCAGGUCUAAUUGCUGCAAAAAAAAAUCUAUAGAGCGAAAUCGCACAGUUAUUCGGAAAAAGGCUUUCACACAAGGCAAAAUAUUACAUUCCUCGAAGCGAGCAUAAAAGGCAUUUUAACUCAUUCGUGAGUUCUACAUCGCUGGGCAGGUCAUGGCUGGGUUUCCGUUUGCAAUCCAUUAUCGUCUGCAAGCCCUGCCACAUACAACAAGUAUUGUAGCUAGUGUAAUGGGAUUCCACCUUACUCCUUUAUUGUCCUUUUGCAUGUUUGAUGUCUCAUCGGAGGUCGUAGAGGGAUUUCUUGUCUGUGUGCAAGUCUGUGUCCCGUUCAUUGUAAGUGGUAACUCUACCCAGCACGGAUGUUGCCUGUAAUCCAUGGUUUUUGGUUGGGAUAUGUUCUUAUAGUCACUGUGGGGACUGUUGUGAUAAACUCUUUAAUGGUAUCGGAUGAAUCCCAGAAUAUAUCCCAGUCUGUACUAGCAAAACCGUCUUGUAACCUUGCGUCUGCUUCGUCCGACCACUUCCGUAUUGAGUGCAUCACUGGUACUUCCUGUUUGAGCUUUUGUUUGUAAACAGGAAGCAGGAAAAUUGAGUCAUGGUCAGAUUUGCCGAAGGGAGGACCUUAUAUGAGUUUCUAUGGGUAGAAUAAAAGUGGUCUAGAGUUUUAUCACCCCUAGUGGCGCAGGAGAUGUAUUGGUAGAAGUGAGGUAGGGCGGUUUUACAUCUCCCCGCGUUAAAGUCUCCAUCCACCAGAAAUUGUGCCUCUGGGUGAGCGGUUUCUUGUUUGUCUAUUGCCCCAUACAGUUUGUUGAGUGUCAGAGUGGUGUUAGCCUGUGAAGGAAUGUAGACAGCCGUGAUAAUUACGGACGAGAAUUCUCUUGGUAGAUAAAAGGUUCUGCAGCUUACCAUGAGGUAUUCUAUAUCAGGUGAGCAACAGUUUGAGAUUUCCUUCACACUUGAAGCAGCACACCAGUUGUUAUUUAUGAAAAUACACACACCGCCUCCUUUCAUUUUCCCCGAAGCCGCCGUCCAAUCCUGCCGCUGCGUGGGGAAUCCACCGAGUACUACGUACAUAUCGUCAUCUUCCAGCCACGUUUCAGUAUAAUAUUGCAGGUUUUCAAGUCUCCAUGAUAGGAAACUCUUGAACGAAGCCCAUCCAUCUUAUUCUCGAGUGGCUGGACAUUUGCCAAUAGGACGGAAGGGAGCACCGUUCGGUUUACUCUUCGCCUCAAUUUCACCAGGACUCCACCUCGUCUCCCGCGUUGAAGUCGUAUUUGAAGUCAAAAUCAAAGUUAGUAACUGUCGAUCUGAUGUCCAGAAGUGCUUGGUGGUCACGUGAUAAUAGUAUGAACUUUCUGUUAAUAAAAUAAAUUAAAUAGAGAAACACGAUAAAAGUCACUAAAUAGCAAAGUUGGGUUGGAACUCAUAAGAUGUUGCCCUUCUCCAUCGCCGCCAUCUCGAUACCAUACCCCGUUCAAAGGCACUUCAAUCUUUUGUCUUGCCCAUUCACCCUCUGACACAAUCCAUGUGUCAAUUGUGUCAAGGCUUACAAAUCCUUCUUUAACCUAUCUCAUUCCCUUCAUCUACACUGACUGAAGUAGAUUUAACAAGUGACAUCAAUAAAGGAUCAUAGUUUUCACCUGGAUUCACCUGGUCAGUCUAUGUCAUGGAAAGAGCAGGUGUUCCUAAUGAAAAUUCAAGUGUCAUUUCUAGGAAGAAUUCUCCACUGUGAUUAGAUUUGGCACUAUAUGCAUGGCAAUGGACAGUAGAAUAACAAGUUGUUCUCUCAGGUUACCCAGGACCCCCUUCUGCACCCAAAGUAGUCAGUGCCUUCAAGGACUGCAUCAACCUGGCUUGGUCUCCCCCCGUCAACACUGGAGGAACUGAAAUUUGGGGUUACAACGUUGAGAGACGCAAGAAGGGAAGCAACUUUUGGAGCCCUGUGAACCUAGACGGGCCUAUCAAAGGUGUGGCCUCCUCAUAGGCACAAUGACAUAUAUCUGCAAAUGUGUUCAUUUACCUCAAAGUGUACAACAAGAACCUUUCUUUAAAAAAAAAAUUACCUUGCGACCGAGACUCAUCACACUUUAGUUUUAAGUGCAAAACUUUGUAAGUAUGCUCUGGCAUAAUGAUCCUCUGAACUGUUUUUAUUUUCUCUCAGACACAACUUUUGCAGUGAAAGAUGUUAUUGAGGGAGCAGCUUAUGAAUUUCGAGUGUCAGCUAUGAACAUCUCUGGUGUCGGCGAGCCCAGUCCUCCCUCUGUUAUAGUCAUUGCCAGAGAUCCCAAGAGUAAGUCAUGGUCAUCAAAACCAUUUAUGUUUUUGAACUAUUAGUUCCACCGAUAGCCUGGCGGAACCAGCCUGAUCAUGAGUUCACCCUGAAUAGAAUAGUGAACGCAACGAUCAGGCUGGUUCCAACGUAUGUUUAUAUCCCACCAAUAUACCAUGUCAACUCAAAUAAUAACUACUGUAUCACGUUGCUGUAAUUCCAGAACCCCCUGGUAAGGUCAUAGACCUAAAGCUAACAGACUCCAGUUACGUCACGUUUUCUCUGGCUUGGACUAAGCCAAAAGAGGUGGAAGGGGUGGAGGAUGAGGCCAAAGGCUACUUUGUAGAGAUCAGACCAAAUGAGAGCCCAGAGUGGGCUCGCUGUAACAUCAACCCGAUCAUUCCCACCUCCUUCAAUGUGAUUGGCCUGAAGGCAAUGGGAAUGUACUGGGUGAGAGUGAUCGCUACAAAUGAUGGAGGCGAGGGCGAGCCCCAAGGCUUUGAUAAUUACAUCAUUGCCAUGCCUCCUCCUGGUAAGGAAUAGCAACUAAUUUAAAUCACUAGUGUGAUGUUCAACAGUGAAUAUCGUAUAUGCAUCGAUUGUAUCCCUGAAAUGUAAUUUGAUAAUCAAUAAAAAAUGUAAUCUGACCGAUACUUGAAUUUUCUUUACCCUGCAAGUGAGGCCACGAUUUACAGGAAAAACAAAGAGCUUCAUGGUUGUGAGAAAGGGGAAUACUAUACGUUUCAACAUCAACUUUGAGGUAAAGUGACGCAAAUGCAGCUUUCGGCCAACAAAAUAGACUGUAAAAAGAUGAAAACUUUCAUUGUAUUGACUACUGCAGUAUCCUGCUUGUGUCACCAAGUUUUCUGUGUUUACAUGGUUUCACAUUGUCCACAGGCCUCUCCUUUGCCAGAUAUCUAUUGGUUGAAGGACAGUGUCCCUGUGUCCAAACGUGUCACCAUCACCAACUCUGACAGAGGUUCACAGCUUCUGAUCCCCACAUCAGAGCGCUCUGAUACGGGCAUCUUUACCAUCAUUGUCAAGAACAUGGUCGGUCAGGAGACCUUUAGUGUCGAGAUCAGAGUCACAGGUAAAUGUUAAUCACUAUGCCUAUGAGUUUUUUAAAAUAAUUUCAACAAUAAUUUUAUGGCAUCGGUAGAUGAGAAAUAGAAUCGUAAGUGAAGUGUUUAAUGCCAGUAUUAAUGCAGUUACUGGAGGUAAGUUCGGCUUUCAAUCAGAUGACCAUGUCUUUCUGACCUGGUUCCAGAUGAUCCCAAGCCUCCCGGCCCAGUGGAGUUGGAACAGAAUGUUCCUGGAACAGUGACUGUGACCUGGACUCCCUCCCCAGAUGAGAAGAAGGAUGACAGGCUGCACUACAUUGUGUCCAAACGUGACUCUGUCAAGCGCACCUGGAGGAUGGUCGCUGACCGCCUCUUCAACCAUAAGUUCACAGUUAUCAACAUUCUACCCGGCAGAGAGUAUAACUUCAGGGUGUUUGCUAAGAAUGACAUGGGCCUCUCAGAGCCUGCUGUGUCCCCUACAUGGGGAACCACAAGGAGAAAAGGUUUGUGGCGACAGCAAUUAGCCUCACAUUUGUUGAAUGAAAGAUCAUUGAACCGUAAACAUUUUUGCACAGAACACAUCACAGAGAAUACUGAACGUUUGAAAUGUUGCCUGUAUACAAAACAUUAUUAGUUGCGAGCUAAUCUUUCUCUCUUUUCUCCUGUAACUCAGAUAAGUUCAUACUGGACAUGCCAGACAUAAAGGGCUUGGACCUCCAGUGUCCACCAUCGUUUUUACUCCCAUUGAAAAUCCGCACCGCUCCACCAGGCUACGAGUGUUACAUGAGCUGUGCUGUAAGAGGGGAUCCAAAACCUCAUAUCACAUGGUACCACAACAAUGUCAGCCUCAACACCAACACCAACUACCUUAUCACCAACGUGUGUGGGGUCUGCACAUUGCUCAUAUUGAAGAUCGGACCCAAAGACAGUGGCGAGUACAGUGUCAUGGCAGACAGUCCCUUGGGCAGGGCAGCGUGUUCCACCAAGCUCACAGUCAGAGGUAGCAUCUCACAGUCACAUCAUAAUAAAAUGCAUUUUUUCAUUACAGGAACAAUCUGUAAUUAUUUUUAAACAGCAGGUCUGAGGUAUAUAAUAUAUAAUAAUAUAAUAUGCAAUUUAGCAGACGCUUUUAUCCAAAGCGACUUACAGUCAUGCGUGCAUACAUUUUUUGUGUAUGGGUGGUCCCGGGGAUCGAACCCACUACCUUGGCGUUACAAGCGCCGUGCUCUACCAGCUGAGCUGAGGUGGAGGGUCUUUGUAACUAUAUUGUGAAUUAAUUGGCUCAUAGACAAAGUUGUUUUUUUAAUGCUUGUUUUCAUUUUGAUUGUUUAGUGAAUUUUGGACAUAAUGAAGUAACAUAUCUUGACCUUUGAGGGGGUCUUUGAUCUAAGUACCUCAGUUCUACAGUGCCUUCGGAAAGUAUUCAGACCCCUAGACUUUUUCCACAUUUUGUUACGUUACAGGCUUAUUCUAAAAUUGAUUAUAAUAUUCCCCCCCCCCCAUCAAUCUUCACACAAUACCACAUAAUGAAAAAGCAAAAAUAGGUUUUUAGAAAUGUUUGCAAAUGUAUUACAAAUAAAAAACUGAAAGAUCACAUUUUUAAUAAGUAUUCAGACCCUUUACUCAGUACUUUGUUGAAGCAUCUUUGGCAGUGAUUACAGCAUCGAGUCUUCUUGGGUAUGACGCUACAAGCUUGGCACACCUGUAUUUGGGGAGUUUCUCCCAUUCUUCUCUGCAGAUCCUCUCAAGCUCUGUCAGGUUGGAUGGGGAGCGUCGCUGCACAGCUAUUUUCAGGUCUCUCCAGAGAUGUUUGAUCGGGUUCAAGUCCGGGCUCUGGCUGGUUCACUCAAGGACAUUCAGAGACUUGUCCCGAAGCCACUCCUGCAUUGUCUUGGCUGUGUGAUUAGUGUUGUUGUCGUGUUGGAAGGUGAACCGUCGCCCCAGUCCUGAGUGAUCUGGAGCAGGUUUUCUUCAAGGAUCUCUCUGUACUUUGCUACAUUCAUCUUUGCUUCGAUCCUGACUAGUCUCCCAGUCCCUGUCGCUGAGAAACAUCCCCACAGCUUGAUGCUGCCACCACCAUGCUUCACCGUAGGGAUGGUGCCAGGUUUCCUCCAGACGUGACGUUUGGCAUUCAGGCCAGAGAAUCUUGUUUCUCAUGUUCUGAGAGUCUUUAGGUGCCUUUUGGCAAACUCCAAGCGGGCUGUCAUGUGCCUUUUACUAAGGAGUGGCUUCCGUCUGGCCACUCUACCAUAAAGGCCUGAUUGGUGUAGUGCUGCAGAGAUGGUUGUCCUUCUGGAAGUUUCUCCCAUCUCCAUAGAGGAACUCUAGAGCUCUGUCAGAGUGACCAUCUGGCCCUUCUACCGCGAUUGCUCAGUUUGGCCGGGCGGUCAGCUCUAGGGAGAGUCUUGGUGGUUCCAAACUUCUUCCAUUUAAGAAUGAUGGAGGCCACUGUAUUCUUGGGGACCUUCAAUGCUGCAGAAUUUUUUGGUACCCUUCCACAGAUCUGUGCCUCGACACAAUGCUGUCUCGGAGUUCUACGGACAAUCCCUUCGACCUCAUGGAUUGGCUUCUUGCUCUGACAUGCACUGUCAACUGUGGGACCUUAUAUAGACAGGUGUGUGCCUUUCCAAAUCAUGUCCAAUUAAUUGAAUGUACCACAGGUGGACUCCAAUCAAAGUUGUAGAAACAUCUCAAGGAUGAUCAAUGGAAACAGGAUGCACCUGAGCUCAAUUUCGAGUCUCAUAGCAAAGGGUCUGAACACUUAUGUAAAUAAGGUAUUUUUGCUAAAAUUUCUAAAAAACUGUUUUCGCUUCGUCAUUAUCUGUUCGUAUUGUGUGUAGACCACGUUAGGAAGAGGGUGGAAAAAGUAGAUCCUAUGUAAUUAAAGUCUGGGCACCCCUGCUGUAACGCAACAAAAUGUGGAAUAAGUCAAGGGGUCUGAAUACUUUCCGAAGGCACUGUAUAUCAUGGUAGUGAUACUGUGUGAUACUUUCACGUUCUGUGUAGUAGUAUAUUAAUACUGUACCAUUGGUUUGUUUUCCAGAGUGAAGAGUUCAGCCAGAUGAUUGAUUGGCAGCUGCUGGCAACAGAAACUUAUGUAUUGACUUAUCAUAUAUUCUUCAAAUAGGCUAGGUGUUGCAUGUGUGGAGGCCCAUAUGGCCCUUUUCUUUAGUCAAAAUGUUACACACUAUUGGUUUUCUAUGUGCUUACAUGCAAUGUGUCCUUCUAUUUAUUCCAGUUGUUAAAAUAUUGCAAAGCAUUAAAUGCACAUGACAAGACAAACACAUAUCACUAACUUUUGUGAAAGCACCUAUAUAAAUAAGUAAAGUGAAGAGACAAAUCUACAUAGGCGACAUAUGUUGCAUUUGGAAAUUAGUUUAGCCUAUUCAUUGCAUGAAUAUGGGGAUUCCAUAUAAUAUUGGUAAAUAAGAGUGAUAUGUGUAAUUGUGUAUUUCAUUUCACUAAACAGAUGUAUCAAUGUGUUCAUAUUUGAAUCAAAUGAUAUUUAAGUAAGUUACAUUUGUCAUUUAGCAGAUCCUCUUACCCAGAGUGACUUACAGGAUAAAUGAAGGUAAACUGCCUUGCUCAAGGGCACCUCAACAGUUUCUUCACCUAGUCAGCUCGGGGAUUCAAACCAGUGACCUUUUGCUUACUGGCCCAACACUCCUAACUGCUAGGCUACCUGCCGCCUUUUAGGCCCCUUUUCAGUAUACGACACACUGACGUGCGCAAAUCUUGGAGGCAGUAAGAAAGCUAUCGCCAUCUGCGCCCAAUCAACAUAGCCUAGAUUUAAGUUUUUAUUACUUUUAAACAAAAUUACUUUUUGGGUUCUGUUAAUUACGUUUUGAUUAUUUCUUGAACAGUCACUAAGAUUAUAUUUGGUUGUGAUCUUUGCAAAAUAACUAUUUUGGAUUCAGCAGUUGUUAACUAGAAUGCUAACGCUCAUUGACAAAGGCUGUAGAAAAAGCUAGCCAAAGAGAUAUUUUACUGGUUGAAGUUGAAGUGUUUUUUUAAGUAUAAUGCAGUUGAUUUGCAAUGAUGACGCAAACAUUAUAUUAAGCAAGACAUUCAUAUGAGCCUUAAAAUCCUAUUAUUAUCCAAAAGUAGUGUGAAAUGCACUCAUAAGCAGCAUGUAAAUGGAGGCUUUUUUUUGCUGGCGUUCUGAGAACUCUGCCGUGUUCUGCCACCAACUUGCGCGCAUCGCCCUCGUGUGGCAAUGUUUGUAAACACAGAAAGGGGUCUAUAAAUGUAAGGCUUAUUGUCACAUGCACAUCCACCACCAUUCACCCACCAGUGUCGGUUAACUACCAGACAGAUGUUGUGCCAAUGCGCCAGAAUCUUGCCAGCUGCGCGAAUUGAACCUUUGCAAUCGGUUUAUCAUAAUACAAUAUAGCACAAUAUAAUACAUUUACAUAACCCCAUCGCUACUGACAUGGUGUCUUCCAAUACGCCCAUUCACAUGAAUGCGCAAUUCGGAACAGGCACUACAAAGCCAGCCCGAUUGCCGUAGCUCUGUCCUUACUCCAGCACACCCGGAAGCUACAGAGGCAGAGAGCAGAACAGAAACAAACAAACAGAGCGCUCAUCCAAAACAUUGAUAAGCACAAUAAACGUCACUUAAAUUAAACAUGAAAGCUUGUCUAUGUAUUCCUUAUACCAUACCAAACUUUUACUGAAGGGAGGUAAGAAUAAUGUGUGUAAUGUAUGAACUGAGAUCACUAAAUUAACAGUGGCAACCCGUCAUUCAGGGCAGGUGCACCUGUUUUGAGACCCAAUUGUUUAGGCUAAAUCUAUCUUGGCCUGUUUUGCAUGUUUUUUUGGCAUGAAUACGUGUCACAUAUCAGUUUGCAAACAAUGUAAAAAAAGUAAUAUUAAUUGAGUUAAUAAAGCCCCAUACAAACAUGGUCUAUUUUUUGCUUUCUUGAGUAAGGCAGCUCCAAAAUGCAGGUGAUUCAGCCUAGCUCAGUGCUUUCUGUGGUGGUCGGGCAGAAAAUACGUAGUGUAGGGGUUGGUAAUGUUCUCCAGUUGAGCCGUGAUUGGCUCAGUGUUCUGUCACUCAUGGGGACACUACGUCACCGCAAAAUCUACGGGGAUAAGUUGAAGAUUCAAGCCCCUUGGGUGCUGUCAUGGAGUUACAUCCAAGACGGCUCAAGGUCAUUGGCCACAGAUAAAAUGACGUCAAAUCACGUUAUAUCUACCGUAGGUUUGAUUGGACUGAUCAUGUCAACAUCAUACUUUCAAUAUCUUAGCUAGAAAGCUAGCAGUCAUCAUGAAUCAAGUCGACAAUCUACUGUUGUCAUUGGAAGAGAAAUUAUAGAUAAAACGUAUCGGUGCUCAAAAGGCCAUUGGACAUAAAUAUUACACAACAAGUUGGAAAUCGCAAAUUCAACAAUGAGUGGUUUGUAUGGAAUCGGUGGCUAACUGCAAGCAUUGCAAAGCAAUCACUAGCCUGCCAAUCAGUGGAGUGGGUGUGUGUGGUCCAAGUCUGGGUUUAAGGGUCUCUUUUCCAAGCUUAAAAGGAGAAACAUUCAACAUUGGCCAUGCUGCCAGCAUAAUUUCUGCCACAUUCAAAACAACUGGAAACUCGGAACUGGGAAAUCUCAGACUUCAGUGAGUUCAAGACAACUGGGAACUUGUAAAAAAAUGAGCACUGAUUGGGAAAAUACGUUUUCAAUGGUCAUCUAAGUCAGGAACUCGGGCCUCUUUCUAGAGCUCCGACCUGAAGAUCACUGACGUCAUGAUUCAACCUUGUUUUUUUUUCGAGUUCCCAGUUGUCUUGAAAGCGCCAUAAAUCCAGAGUAUGACAGACUUUGAUAACCAACCUCUCUCCGAAUCUAAAAAGCAUUGAACUUAAUACAAAUGUACAGAAGUAUGCCAAGUGAGGGAGACAACUGAGAGGGGUGGAGAAUGGUACAGUAUGGAGUGAGCUACAGUGAGGGAAAAAAGUAUUUGAUCCCCUGCUGAUUUUGUACGUUUGCCCACUGACAAAGACAUGAUCAGUCUAUAAUUUUAAGGGUAGGUUUGUUUGAACAGUGAGAGACAGAUUAACAACAAAAUAAUCCAGAAAAAAUGCAUAUCAAAAAUUUUAUAAAUUGAUUUGCAUUUUAAUGAGGGAAAUAAGUAUUUGACCCCUCUGCAAAACAUGACUUAGUACUUGGUGGCAAAACCCUUGUUGGCAAUCACAGAGGUCAGACGUUUCUUGUAGUUGCCCACAAGGUUUGCACACAUCUCAGGAGGGAUUUUGUCCCACUCCUCUUUGCAGAUCUUCUACAAGUCAUUAAGGUUUCGAGCCUGACGUUUGGCAACUCAAACCUUCAGCUCCCUCCACAGAUUUUCUAUGGGAUUAAGGUCUGGAGACUGGCUAGGCCACUUCAGGACCUUAAUGUGCUUCUUCUUGAGCCACUCCUUUGUUGCCUUGGCCGUGUGUUUUGGGUCAUUGUCAUGCUGGAAUACCCAUCCAUGACCCACUUCAAUGGCCUGGCUGAGGGAAGGAGGUUCUCACCCAAGAUUUGACGGUACAUGGCCCCGUCCAUUGUCCCUUUGAUGCGGUGAAGUUGUCCUGUCCCCGUAGAAGAAAAACACCCCCAAAGCAUAAUGUUUCCACCUCCAUGUUUGACAGUGGGGAUGGUGUUCUUGGGGUCAUAAGCAGCAUUCCUUCUCCUCCAAACACGGCGAGUUGAGUUGAUGGCGUAGAGCUUGAUUUUGGUCUCAUCUGACCACAACACUUUCACCCAGUUCUCCUCUGAAUCAUUCAGAUGUUCAUUGGCAAACUUCAGACGGGCCUGUAUAUGUGCUUUCUUGAGCAGGGGGACAUUGCGGGCGCUGCAGGAUUUCAGUUCUUUACGGCGUAGUGUGUUACCAAUAGUUUUCUUGGUGACUAUGGUCCCAGCUGCCUUGAGAUCAUUGACAAGAUCUUCCUGUGUAGUUCUGGGCUGAUUCCUCAUUAUCAUUGCAACUCCACGAUGUGAGAUCUUGCAUGGAGCCCCAGGCCGAGGGACAUUGACAGGUAUUUUGUGUUUCUUCCAUUUGCGAAUAAUCGCGCCAACUGUUGUCACCUUCUCACCAAGCUGCUUGGCGAUGGUCUUGUAGCCCAUUCCAGCCUUGUGUAGGUCUACAAUCUUGUCCCUGACAUCCUUGUAGAGCUCUUUGGUCUUGGCCAUGAUGGAGAGUUUGGAAUCUGAUUGAUUGAUUGCUUCUGUGGACAGGUGUCUUUUAUACAGGUAACAAGCAGAGAUUAGGAGCACUCCCUUUAAGAGUGUGCUCCUAAUCUCAGCUCGUUACCUGUAUAAAAGACACCUGGGAGCCAGAAAUCUUUCUGAUUGAGAGGGGGUCAAAUACUUAUUUCCCUCAUUAAAAUGCAAAUCAAUUUAUAACAUUUUUGACAUGCGUUUUUCUUGAUUUUUUUGUUGUUAUUCUGUCUCUCACUGUUCAAAUAAACCUACCAUUAAAAUUAUAGACUGACCAUGUCUUUGUCAGUGGGCAAACGUCCAAAAACAGCAGGGGAUCAAAUACUUUUUUCCCUCACUGUAUGUGACAGCUGGUGGAGGGGGAGAUGGGGAAGAUGUGUUCUUCUGACGCUGAGGGUAGACACAUCUUCCCUGUCUCUCCUUCCAGCAGCUCGGGAAAUAUACACUUACCCUGUCAACACCAGG